CGCUCGCGUCGUUCAGUUUGGCCAGUCAUCGGCCGGCCGACACGGCGCCGGCCCGAAAAUAUUGUUGUAUUUAACCAAUUGUUGUGUUAAAUCGAAGUUCGAACCGCGAAGUUCCCUAACCUUAUUUCUUACGAGUUCGACGUUGAUUCCACUAUGUUGAAGAUCGGUGGAGGGGCGUUGCUAAUUGCGGCGAUAGUGGCAGUGUUCGUGGUGGCGACGCAGGGCCGCGACCCCGACCUUGAGGCCCUGGAGCAUGAAGGCCGCGAGUACAUCCUGCAGCUCGACCGCGCAGCUGGUAUAAGAAAGAACCGCGCGAGUGUCGCCGAGUGGGCGUACACUUCUAAUAUUACCAAGGAAAAUGAAGAGCAGCGGAUACAAGUACAAUUAGAAUUGUCGAAGCAAGACAAGCAGUCGUGGGAGGAAACGAAGAUGUACAAAUGGCAGGACUUCCAAGACUUUACGCUGAGGAGAAUGUUCAAGAAGUACAGUCAGUUGGGUGUGUCCGCGCUCCCUGACGACAAAUACAAGUUGCUAAUGCAGUCCGUCUCGGGAAUGGAGUCCAAUUAUGCUACUUCUAAGAUUUGCUCAUACAAGAAUGCAACCAAAUGCGAUUUGGCUUUAGAGCCUGAUAUAACGGAGCUAUUUGCGAAAAGCCAGGACCCCGAAGAGCUUCGUCACUUGUGGGUGGAGUGGCACCGCGCAGCGGGGGCACGCGCCCGCGAUAACUUCACGCUGUACGUUCAGCUCGACAAUGAGGCAGCCAAACUUAACGAUUUCAAAGACGUGGCGGAGUGGUGGCAGGCGGAGUACGAGGUGGCGGACUUCGAGGCGCAGCUGGCGCAGCUGUGGGAGGACGUGAAGCCGCUGUACCAGCAGCUGCACGCGUAUGUGCGCCGUCGCCUGCGCGACAAGUACGGCGAUCAGGUCGUCUCCCAAAAGGGACCUAUUCCCGCGCAUCUUUUAGGUAACAUGUGGGCUCAAACUUGGAACAACAUAGAGUCGUUCACUCGUCCCUACCCCGACAAGAAGGAGGUUGAUAUAACUCAGGCGAUGCAGGAACAAAACUACACAGCUCUCAAGAUGUUCCAAAUGUCUGAUGAGUUCUUCAGAUCGUUGAACCUGACGGCAAUGCCAGAAAAGUUUUGGAAGAAUUCUAUCAUAGAGAAACCAACCGACAGAGAGAUCGUGUGUCAUGCUUCGGCUUGGGACUUUUAUGACGGAGAAGAUUUUAGGAUCAAACAGUGCACAACUAUAGAUUAUGAAUAUUUUCAAACGACACACCACGAAAUGGGACACAUUCAGUACUUCUUACAGUACAAACAUCAACCAGUUAUAUUCCGGGACGGAGCGAACCCAGGUUUCCACGAGGCGGUGGGCGACACGAUCGCGUUGUCGGUGUCCUCGCCGAAGCACUUACGUCGUGUCGGCCUCGUCAGUGGAGAUGCGGAGGACGAACAGACUGAAAUCAAUCAACUUUAUAAAAUGGGCAUAGACAAGAUCGUGUUCCUGCCGUUCGCGUACACGUUGGACCUGUUCCGUUACGGCGUGUUCCGCGGCGAGACUCGCCCGGAGGACUACAACUGUCACUACUGGCGGCUGCGGGAGGCGCUGCAAGGUGUGGAGCCGCCGGUCAACCGCACUGAGGAACACUUUGAUGCAGCCGCCAAGUACCACGUCUCUGCUGAUGUGGAGUACGCCAGAUACUACGUGUCGUUCAUCAUCCAGUUCCAGUUCCACCGCGCGCUGUGCCAGCUGGCGGGGGAGUACGUACCCGAGGACCUCACCAAGAAGCUCGUCGACUGCGACAUCUACCAGAGUGUGGCCGCCGGGAACGCACUCGCCAACAUGUUGAAGAUGGGCUCGUCCCGGGCGUGGCCCGACGCGAUGGAGGCGCUGACGGGGCAGCGCGCGAUGCGGGCAGACGGACUGCUGGAGUACUUCAGGCCGCUGCACGACUGGCUCCGAGCUGAGAACCAGAGGACUGGAGAGCACAUCGGAUGGGAACCUAGCAAAAUACAGUACUGCACCAGCGAGCAGCGAGCCGCGCUGGAGGCGGACGCGCGCGACUCGUGACGCAACUUGUACUUACACUUAGUCUAAUUUAUGUAGGCGAACAUAUACAUUAAACAUUUUUA